CAAGUAUCAGGAUUGAUAAGGUUAUUAUUUUUGCAAGCUUGUCACGGCGGUUAAGUAUAAAACUUUGCAUAUUAUUGUUAGAAGUAUUUGAAAUUUACUUAUUUUGUCGAAAUAGCCGUUUAAAAGAUUAAAAAUUCAUUAUGUAAAUGUUGGCGCAAUAUCGUCAGUCAGAAGUAAAAGUGAAAGUAGAUUUUGGUGAAGGAGACUCAGAGCAAUGAUGGAUGUCCCACACUACAUUGGUAUUGAUGUUGGCACUUGCAGUGUCAGAGCAGCAGUUGUGAAUCAAAAUGGAAAAAUUGUUGCCAAGUCCACUGAGAAGAUAAAGAUAUGGGAACCAGCUGCCAACUUCUAUCUUCAGUCAUCAGAAAACAUCUGGAAGGCAGUGAUUCAAGCUGUCAGGACAGCGGUAAAUCAAUCAGGUGUGGCCAAAGACUUGAUUCAUGGUAUAGGGUUUGAUGCCACUUGUUCUCUGGUUGUUCUAGAUGUGGAGGGAAAGCCUGUUUCAGUUUGUCCCAAAGUUUCAGAGACUACACAUUCAGACUCUUGUAAGGAUUGUGACAUCAUCAUGUGGAUGGAUCACAGGGCUGAAAGUGAGGCAAAGUUUAUAAACUCAACUAAGCAUUCAGCCCUAAAGUGCCAGGGUGGGCAAAUGUCUCUUGAAAUGCAGCCACCCAAACUCUUGUGGCUUAAAAAGAAUUUACCACAGAGUUGGAGAAAGGCCCAUCAUUUCUUUGAUCUACCAGACUUUCUGACUUGGAAAGCCACAAAAAGCUCAACAAGGUCCCUUUGUUCGUUGGUUUGUAAGUGGUCUUAUCAUGCUGACAAUCGGGGCAAUCCAAGAUGGGAUCAGGAUUUCUACAAAACUAUAGGGCUAGAGGAUUUACUAGAAGAUGAUGUCAAGAAAAUUGGCACCAAGGUCCAGUCUCCUGGAAUACUCUGUGGGAGUGGCCUCUGUGACUCUGUAGCCAUAGCGAUGGGGCUGAAGAUGGGGACCCCUGUGGGAACCUCCAUUGUAGAUGCACAUGCUGGUGUCUUAGGAUGUGUUGGAUGCAUUCCUAAAGAUGAUAUCAAUUCAGACCCUUUACCAUUACCAGACCUCACCUCCCGAAUGGUAGUUAUAUCAGGGACCUCAGUCUGUCACAUGAUUAUGAGUCAGAAUCCUCAUUUUGUACCUGGAGUCUGGGGGCCUUACUACUCUGCUAUACUGCCUGGUCUGUACAAUGCUGAGGGAGGACAAAGUGCAGGGGGUCAACUGAUAGAUAAAUUAAUUGAGUCUCACCCUGCCUAUACUCAAACAGUAAAAGAAGCAAAAACUCUACAAGAUGAACGGGAUGUUCAUAUUCAUGACUGUCUAAACAAUUGCCUAAAUACUUAUAUGCAACAAGAUACAGUGCCAUUUGUCAGUCACUUAGCCAGAGAUUACCAUGUUUAUCCAGAUUUCCAUGGCAACAGAUCACCCUUGGCAGACCCAACACUCAAGGGUAUGAUAUGUGGAAUGUCACUGUCUAUGAAUGUGAGAGACCUUGCAAUACAAUACCUAGCCACAAUACAAGCCCUCACUUAUGGGACCAGACAUAUUAUUGAUGAAAUGAAGAAAGCAGGUCAUUCAGUUGAAAUUAUUUAUAUGUGUGGUGGUCUGAGCAAAAAUCGCCUUUACGUGGAAACUCAUGCAGAUGUGCUAGGUAUUCCCGUGGUACUGCCGGAUGAAGAAGAACUUGUUUUGGUUGGAUCAGCAAUCCUUGGGGCAAGUGCUUCCAAGGACUUUAGAACAAUCCAGGAUGCUAUGCUGAGUAUGUGUGGAGAAGGAAAAAUAAUCAGACCCUCAGAAUCACAGGCUGGGUUCCAUGAUAAAAAGUACAAGGUGUUCAGAAAAAUGGCAGAAGACCAGUACAACUAUAAAUCAAUCAUGGAUAGUUGAUCAUUAAAAAGACAUAAAACUAUUUCUAGAAUUCAACAUAAAUUUUAGUCAGUGGCAAGUAACCGGGUUUAAGCAUAAAUGGGGAAGAAUGUACAAAAUGGUAAUCAAUCAACAAUGUAGCCCGUUCUAGGUGGUUUACAUGCAAUGGCCAAGAUCUACUUUUGAUUUUCUAAGAAAAUCUAUUUCAUUGAAAGUUGUAACUUCCAAAGCAUUUAUUUCCCCAUAGACUAGAUCGUUCAAUCAGAGCUACAGUCUUGUACUAGACAUGGCAUCUGAUUUUCAAACUAAAUCAUGGAGAUGGUAAACUAUGAAUUAAGUUGUGAGAAUACAUACAUGUUUUAUAUAAAUAAUCAGGAUAUAUUGUAAUAUUUCAUGUUUUUUUGUAUUUAGAAAUAAGGAUUAUAUCAUGAUCAGUAACAAUCUUGUAAACUGCAAACUACAUAUACAAGUAUAAUUAUAUAUUUUUAGGUCACCGUCGUGUGUCAACAUUUGAACAUUUUUAGCUUCUUCUCUGAAACCACUGAACCAAUUUCAACCAAAUUUGGCAUAUAGCAUCUAUGGGUGAAGGGGAACAAAAAUUGAGAAUUUCAUGCUCCCUGCCCCCCUGGGGCUUGGGGGGUGGGGCAAAAACCACUAAAAUUAGUGCAAUCUUUAAAAAUCUUCUUCUUUACUCCAGGACAUCAAACAGUCAAACUGUUUGCAUGAUUGUAAUCAGCAUUGAGUCCUCUACCAAAUUUUUGAAAUUCAUGGCCCUGGGGUCAGGGGUUCUAGUAAUAGGGCGGGGCUAAACAGGUUGUAUAGUGAAAAUGCAUUCUUCUUUUAAAUUCUUCUCUGCUCCUGGGCAUUAAAUGAAUAAACUAACCAAGUGCAUAGGUAAGUUGAAAAUGACCAUCUUUUCCAAAAUUGUGAAUUGCAUGGCCCCAGGGUCAGGGGUUGUAGUGCCAGGGCAGGGCUAUAUAGAUUAUAUAGUGAAAAUGCAUAAAUUUUUUGAAAUUCUUCUUUUCUGUUUGUGGGCAUUAAAUAAACUAACCAAGUGCAUAGUUAUGCUGAAUAAGACUGCCUCUUCUCAAAUUUAAUAGCCCCAGGGUCAGUGGUUCUAGUGGUAGGGUGGGGCUAUAUAGAUUAUAUAGUGAAAAAGCAAAAAUUCUUUGAAAUUCUUCUUCUCUGUUCAUGGGCAUUAAAUAAACUAACCAAGUGCAUAGUUGUGUUGAAUAAGACUGCCUUUUCCAAAAUUGUGAAUUUCAUGGCCCCAGGGUCAGGGGUUCUAGUGAUAGGGUCGGGCGAUAUAGAUUAUAUAGUAAAAAAUGAAUUAUUUCUUUGAAAAUCUUCUUCUUUGCUCCUGAGUAUUAAAUAAACUAACCAAGUACAUAGUUAUGUGAAUAAGGCUACCUCUUCCAAAAUUUUGAAUUUAAUGGCCCCUGGGUUGGGAGUUCUGGCAUAAGGGCGGGGCUUUAUUGAUUAUAUAAUGAAAAUGCAUAAAUUCUUUAAAACUCUUCUUUUCUGCACCUGAGUAUUUUUAAAUCAAUGAACUAUGUACAUACAUGUAGCUAUGAGGAGGAAGGAUUUUGAAUUUCAGGGUCCCUGGGUUAGGGCUUCUUGUGUUAGGGCAGGGCUCUAAUGUUUAUACAGUGAAAAUGCUUGAAUUCUUUGAAAAAUCUUUUCCUUUGUUGUUGGGUAUAAUGCCAAUGAUCUUAGUAUAUAUUUCUGACAAAAAACCUGCUUCUUCCAAAAAUGGUUAAUUUCCUGGC